AUGUCAAGCUCUAGACCUUCCAAAAGGCAGAGGAUCUACAGAGCAUGUGAUCAAUGUCGUCGACGAAAAUCAAAAUGUGACGGCGAACAGCCUUCUUGCUCCAUCUGCCGGGUGGCUGACCGUUCCUGCACCUAUGAAAAUGGAGGAGGAAGGCGAGGCCUGGCACCUGGAUAUGUCAGAAGCCUGGAGACGAUUUUGGGGCUCGUGGUUCAGCACGUCCCAAACAGCGAAAACACCGUCCACGAUCUGCUGGCGAAGUCACGAAACAAUGAUCACUUCUUUGCAAAAGACCCUGCAACCGUUUGGCGCAAGUCUCGACUCGCCAAAGCAAUGCCGUUACUUCUCGAUCAUGAACCCCAGGAAAACCUCGCACCAAGUGCUCAGGACGACCCGGAGUGGGAUACCUCGGAAAUACCCAUUACGCCAGCCGUCAUCAGUGGUGAUACCGUGCCCGCAGUUCCGGACUUGAAUGAAUUACCACAACCACAGACUACGCCAAAAGUCAAUCCAACACCACCUGAGAUUUUUGAUCAGUCAUUCCCAGCUGAUACACUCGAUAUGUUGGAGAACUAUUUCAAAUAUACUCACUGCUGGUUUCCUAUCAUGGAGCACCAUGAUCUAUUAAGAACAAUGCAUACCAGUUCCCAACCACAGAAAAGCCCAGAAGAUGGAUGUCGUUUGGCUCUUUGGGCUGUCGUGGCAUAUGAAAUAUCCACGGAUAACAGAAACGACAGAGUCCACCCGGUUCAAUCGCAAGUCACAACUGCCAUUUACUCUCGUGCAAUGACUCAGUCGUCAAAUUUGGAGCUAGGCCACAUACAAGCCCUUCUAGUUGUUGCACUGUUGCAGCUGAAGCUAGGGGACAUUGCACACGCGUGGAGGCUGUCGGGGUUGGCCUCAAGAAUGCUGGCCUCGUUGCGCCCAUCGGCCAAAAGAGACCGAUUUUGCCACACAUUCAAUGGAUGCAUACUACUUGACAACAUGACUUCAGCACUUCUCAAGAGGUCACCCUGCAUGUCGUUGAUAGAGCAACAAGAAGGAGGAAGCAUCGACGAAGACAACAUGGAAGAAUGGAGCGUUUGGACAAUUUCCUCACAUCGCCCAGGGGGCCAGCAUCGCGACCCGCCACAGGGACCUCUUCGAGCCUUGAGCAUUUUCAAUAAACUCAAAAACCUCAUGGAAUACCUCACGAAGAUUCUUCACUCGUCGUUCAACGUGGCCCACGCAGAUGUGUGCGACAUAUUCAGCAGCUUGCAAGUUGAGCAAAAACUGCUCAUCGAGAUGCAUCCAUACGACUCCAGUGCUGGAUGUGUCACUCCACCCGUUAUUAUACUGCACCUCACCUGCAAUUUUGUGAUCAUUGCACUUUUCGUCACAAGCCCAGAAGCGGUUGCCAUGGUCGGAAAUGAUUCAACCGGUGGGCUGUUACAAUCUACUAUUGAUCUAUUUGACCUAUAUGUGAAUACCACCGGGGCACUGCGCAUGUCCCCAUUGUUAAAUUGCUUUGCACUGCAAUUCAAGCAGUGCUUGGAUAUUGACUCUCUAAUUCCUUGUCAACCACAGAGGGAAUUGUUACAACAUCGAGCAUCUCCCUACCUACCGCACAUGGAUACAGAGCCGACAAGCAUCAAUCAGAUAUUGCGUAUUCCACGAGCGAUUGAUCCAGAUUUAUCUACUGAAGUACCCAUCGUACAAGAGUGGAAUCCUAGUGCUGAAGGCCCGCCCAAUGUGUUUGCUCAACCAAGUGUGUUGCAACCGCCUGAUCCCCAACUUGAGCUUCCUACUCCUGCCAAUUCAACAAUUCCGGUAUCGGGAUCACCAGACCUAUUUGUUCGCCACUCGCCUAGAGAGAAUGCAUUUGGGGAAACUGGGGCUUUUGAUGCGCUGUUUGAGGAGAUGGUAACUUCUAUGCCAUCCAACAGGCAACAACCAACCUUUGCUCAAAAUCUGGGUUUCUAUGCAGGAGAUUUGGACAAAGACUUCUUGGAGCAGCUUCAACGGUCAACAGGUGAUUGA